UGAGCGCAGUGUAACUCUCCCUCCCUGUGUGUCCCGUUCAGCUGAGCCCGCUCCACACGAGACCCUCUUGCACUUUGCGGCUCGGCGCGGUCUGCGGAGGGUGGCCCUGUUCCUGCUCGAGCAGCCAGGAGGCAGAGAGGCUCUCAGACUGCCCAACAAGCAGGGCUCUACACCAGUCAGUGUGGCAGAGAAGAGGGGCCACGACCAGCUACAGCAGCUCUUCACUGAGGUUGAGACCUUGUCAGAGACCCGGAUAAAGACGGAGGAGAGGCAGUGUUACCCAGGAGGCCGAGUGCUGCAGCACCACCCUAAACUGAACACAUACACCCUGACGGUGGACACGUUGCUAGGGAAACCUCUGCCCAGCCUAAAGGAAGAGGUGGAGGAGCUACAGAAACUCAUACAGCGCCACAGAGACAACAAGGAAGAUCAUGUGCUCCAGCAGCAGUCCCCAGAUGAGCUGAACACUACAGCAGGAUCCAGUGGCAUCAGCAACACAUCAGCACACUCAGCCAUAGAGUCCCAGCCCCCCCACAGCCAUGCCCAGCAGCAGAGAGAGGGCGAGACUCCAGCUUUCAGCGCACCAUCCUGUGGAGACCAGCAGGAGGAAGCUGAUAGAGAGAGGACAGGCGUAAUCACUGCCACGCAGGGCAGCAAGGCAGGGCGCUGUAAAAGGAACCAGGAAGAGAAAGAGAAGAGGAGAGCAGAGACUGAGACAGGCGAUAAGGCUGUUGCUGCUCCGACAAAGGCUUCACGAGCCAUGGGCCACACGCAGUCUCAGGAACACACGGAACACACGGAAGCUAAGCAUCAGCCCCUGAGGACUACAGGCAGCAGCAGUAGUGGCUGUGGGGACACAAGUGUUCAGAGGACUAUGGAAAGGCAGGGCGAGCCUGAGAACAUCCAGGAGAUGGAAUCUGGGGCUCCUGUGGAGAAUGGACAGCACGAUGGACAUAGCGGUGAGGUUGAGGUGGAGUAUGCUGAGGCCACUUCUGAAUGUACUCUUCAGAUUUUGACGGGAGCUGUGAGCCGCCAUGAGGCACAAGCUGUAGAGGCACAGGACUCCGAACAAAGACAGGAAACCACUACAGCAGUGACAAGUUAUUCUGUGGAACCCGAGUGGGCCGAUAACAGCAACCAGACCCGGGAGUCUGAGAGGGGCGGUACAGACGAAAGAAAGACAGAGGCAGGAAACCCCAGCCAACAGACCAACGGUAGCACUGAGACAACCAGCAGCAGAAGUGGAGAGACUGACACAAACAGCAUGAAGCAGAGCCCCAUUAUGGUGGAGGGAGAGAUCAAGAGCAGCCAUUCACACGGACCAGGUUACGUUACAGCAAAAGAACCCAGUGAGCAGCAGGUUCUGGAUCAGCAAGUUGAGGAUACAGUGGAGGUAGUGGCAACCCCACCACAGCCAAGGCAGGACCAGGACGGCACCCACAGCCAGGGCCACGAGACUGGGCAGGAAUGUGAGGAACAGCCGUCCACUGACUUAGCCAGCAGAACAGCUGAGGACAGAGAGAGUGGAGAGACCAUGGGGCGACAACACUAUGAUGUCAUGGUCCACACAUCCUCUUUUGAGGAGGGGGAACUCGUCCAGUCGGUCGGCUGCUCCACAGACAAACUGUCUAAGGAGGGGACAGUCACAGGACAGGAGGCCCCUGGGAAGAAGGUGUCUCUACAGUGGGCAUCGUUAGAAGAGGCAGACUCUCUGGCGUGUAGAGAGGAAAUAGCAGCCACAGCAGUAGCAGUGGUGGCCGUAGCAGUAGCAGCUGCUGUAGCAAGCCUAGAACAAUGCAACUCCAACUCCAUGCUGGAGGGAGGCCAGGUACAGGAAGCUGCCGCAGAGAUCCAGAGUAAGCAUCAGACCGGACCCAAAGACACUGCACGAAGGUCAGGGGUCACGGUGUCUGAGGCCACUGAGAACCUUAGCACCUCAGACAGGGGUCCGACUGUCUCAGCAAGUCCGUUAGAGGAGGAUGUGAUGGUCAAGAACCCCUCAAAGGGAGCGGAUGAGCCUCAUGUCAGACAGGGAGAGGAGAACAGUGAUCUGUCCAAUACCACACGUGGGAGUGAGAAUGGAGUGGAGGCCAGACUACCAGGCCUGAGUCUGACACAGGAAGAAAGUGUAGAAGCCAGCAGGCAGUGUGCAGACUCCCACUCGCACACGUUGUUACAUGAUGAAAGGGCUGUGGACAGACAGAGUGCCGAGGUCAUAUCCUCCUCCUCCUCUAUCUCCCCAGAGAGAUCCUCAGAGCUGACACAUCAGGAGGCCAUCCCAGAGAGCCCGACCCCACCAGCCCCACCUGAACAUACACAUACACCCAGUGACUCGACCCUGACCACCCUUACACACCCAGACAGUGGUACAUCCCUGAAUCCAGAGCUGACUUCCCCCUUGGAGCUAGACAAUGGAACAGGCCUGGAUGACGAGCAGUACAGCUCCUCUGUGGAAGUAGUCAUUGGCAUGUCCUUGGGCCUUCAGUCUUCAGAUACACUGGAAAGCCUGGAUGGAGUGUGUGUGAGAAAGCUGGAUACUAAAGACGAGCAUUCUGAAGCUUUAAGACAGCUUGACAAGCCAGUGAAAGACAAAGAAAUAGUCUGUCCAUCCCAGGGAGAAGAGAAGGAGAAGAAGGAAUCCCUCUCAGACACAGCAGACUCUACACUGAUCCACAAAGAGAAGGAGUCGUUUUACCCUGUCCAGCCCUGCACAGAUCCCACACUACAGGUGAAGACCACGAUCCCAGAAUGCACAGAAUUCCCAGUAUCCCCAUGCUCAGAGAGUGUUGGAGGCUCUGUGUCGACCACUGGUGCCCUGCGGGACUCAGUCAGUGAUUUGGACAGUCUGGGAGAGAACAGUGUCUUCAGAAAGGGAGAGGAGGCUGUGACUGGGCCAAGUGAAAGCAACAGUGGUGUGUCGGUGUCCUUCUCCUCCAUAGACGACGUGGCCAGUGUGGGUCCCCUCAGCGCCUGCUCCCAGGGCAGUGUGGGUCCUCUCAGUGUCUCCUCCCAGGGCAGUGUGGGUCCUCUCAGCGCCUGCUCCCAGGGCAGUGUGGGUCCUCUCAGCGCCUGCUCCCAGGGCAGUGUGGGUCCUCUCAGCGCCUGCUCCCAAGGCAGUGUGGGUCCCCUCAGCGCCUGCUCCCAGGGCAGUGUGGGUCCCCUCAGCGCCUGCUCCCAGGGCAGUGUGGGUCCCCUCAGCGCCUGCUCCCAGGGAAGUGUGGGUCCUCUCAGCGUCUCCUCCCAGGGCAGUGUGGGUCCUCUCAGCGCCUGCUCCCAGGGCAGUGUGGGUCCUCUCAGCGCCUGCUCCCAGGGCAGUGUGGGUCCUCUCAGCGUCUCCUCCCAGGGCAGUGUGGGUCCCCUCAGCGCCUGCUCCCAGGGCAGUGUGGGUCCUCUCAGCGCCUGCUCCCAGGGCAGUGUGGGUCCUCCUUGGGCAGGGGCGGGGGCAGGGGUGUUGAGCACUAGGGCCAGUUGGAGUGCCGGAGACGCCUGGCAGACGACAGGGAGGGGGGGAGAGGAGGACGAGAGGAAAGACAAGCUGACAGAGGUGCCUGUGUGCUCCGCUAUCCUGCGCUCCUCUAUCCGCUCACUCUCUCCGUUCCGCCGGCACAGCUGGGGCCCGGGGAAGAAUCCCGCAGGAGACACAGACAUGAACCAACGCAGUUUAUUGCAAGGUCAAGGGGAAGGGAAGCCUCGAAAGCCAACAUUUCAUAGGAGAAGUAUGAGCUGGUGUCCCUCCAACGUCCCCCCUCCCCACCCGGAACAGAUUGAUAGCAGAAGUUACAGUUUGGAGGGUCUGGCUGGAGAGGAGGAUGCUGGGAAGAUCUCCUCUGGUGUGGGAACUGUUGCGCGUCUGGACAGUGAGGAGAGGGGCUCACUUCUGUCCCUAACAGAGGAGCAGGAGUCAGACCUGGGAGACUACAUCAGCCUCGACAGCCAGAAAUCAGGAAGAGUUCUGCCUGUGAGACACAGCUGUCCCUCCAUUCCUCACCAAGCACUCACCAAGUCGGUGUCCAUGCUGGCCAUCAGUCACAGAGACCUGGAUGGAAUGGGAUCGGCAUCACUAGAGCACAGCAUCUCUGAGGAGGACCCGGGGCCACUGCGGAGCGACUCUGAGGGGAGACAGGGGACCAAGGUCAGCCGCACCUUCAGUUACCUCAAGAGCAAGAUGAGUACUAAGAAGAACAAGGAGAAAGAGAAGGCUCAGGGGAAGGAUAAAGACUCCAAGGAGAAGGAGAAAAAAAACCUGAACGGCCAUCUCUUCAGCUCUGUGAACCCAGCCCCAUCCGCAACCUGCCACCAAUGCAACAAACCCAUUAUCACUAAAGAAGCCUUCCUCUGCACCAACUGCAAUGCACAGGUCCAUAAGGGCUGCAGAGAGCGUCUUCCUGUGUGUGUCCAGGUCAAAAUGAAGCAGCAGAAGCAGCAAACGGUGCCAGAUUCUGCGUCCAUAUCCGGAGUCAUGUUGAGAAGUAAAUCUACAUCAUCGACAUCGUCUCGGGAGCGUCCGUGGUCUGCCAUCUUGUCCCCUGAUGACCAGGCCAUGGUUACGCUGGCAGCGGUGGUGCCUCGCCGGAAUCACAGCAUCCUCCCCUUUAACAAAAGCAACCUGUCCAAGAGCAUCUCCAUCAGCAACAUCGCAGGGCCAUUGAUGGAUGAGAUGCCACUGAAGGGCCUGAAGUACCUGUCCCAGUCCACAGACUCACUGCACAAGACCUCCAAGGUCAAUGAGUCCACUGAGUCUCUCACUGAUGAAGGGACUGAGAUGAUGGACAGCCAGCUGAUGGGAGAGUUUGAGGCAGAGUCUAAGGAUCUUGAGGCAGACUCCUGGACCUUCACUGUGGACAAGAAGUAUGUGAAGGGGCUCAAGAAGGAGGUGGUCAAGAGACAGGACGUCAUCUAUGAGCUGGUCCAGACAGAGAUGCACCACGUACGGACGCUGAGGAUCAUGUCUGAGGUGUACAGUAAGGGCCUGCAGAAGGAGUUGCAGCUGGAGGCCCUGACGGUGGAGCGGGUGUUCCCCAUGCUGGAUGAACUCCUGGACCUACACACAGACUUCUUCACACACCUCCUGGAGCGCAAGAGGGAGUCUUCAAUCGAAGGUCGGGAUGACGGGAGCUUCCUCAUCCACAAGAUAGGAGACGUCCUUGUCUCACAGUUCUCAGGGCCCAAUGCGGACCGCAUGAAGAAAGUCUACGGGAAAUUCUGCAGUCGCCACAACGAGGCAGUUAACUUUUAUAAGGAGCUUCACACCAAAGACAAACGCUUCCAAGCCUUCAUUAAGAAAAAGAUGAGCAGCACAAUCGUCCGAAGACUAGGCAUUCCAGAGUGUAUCUUAUUAGUGACACAGCGAAUAACCAAGUACCCCGUGCUACUACAGAGGAUACUGCAUCACACCAAAGAGAAUGAGGAAGACCAUGACGAUAUAACCCAGGCUCUGAGGCUGGUGAAGGAGAUUCUAAAUGCAGUGGACAACAAGGUGAACGAACACGACAAGAAGAAACGGUUGAAAGAAGUGUACAGUCGUACGGACAGCAAGUCCAUUCAGAGGAUGAAGAGUGGCCAGAUGUUUGCACGGGAAGACCUGGUGAGAGGCAGGAGGCUGCUGCAUGAUGGACCACUGCAGCUCAAGAACUCUGCAGGCAGACUAAAGGAUGUCCAGGCCAUGCUGCUGUCCGACGUGUUUGUGUUCCUCCAGGAGAAAGACCAAAAAUAUGUCUUUGCCUCACUGGACCAGCGGUCCACGGUGAUCUCCCUGCAGAAGCUGAUUGUGCGUGAGGUGGCUAAUGAGGAGAGGGGUCUGUUCCUGAUCACAGCGGGGAUAGAGAAGCCAGAGAUGGUGGAGGUGCUGGCCAGCACCAAGGAGGAACGCAACACCUGGAUGCAGCUCAUACAGGACGCCAUGCACUCCAUAGAGAAGGAUGAUGAUGAGGGAAUCCCCAGUGAGACCGAGGAAGACAAGAGACUGCUAGAGACCAAAGCACGGGAGAUUAGAGAGCUGCUGAGGAAGAAGGAUGAGCAGAUCAUGAGUCUAUUGGAGGAGAAGGUGAAGGUGUUCAGGGAAAUGUGUGAGGGUGGCAGCAGACCAGCAGAGGAGACCAGACCAACCCAGUCUAUCAGGACCAGAAUGCUGUUUAGAGCCACCCCAGAUGACAUCACCAAGGGAGAGCCCAUCAUGAAGGAUGCCCUGAGGGAAGUGGAGACUCUCCAUGUGCUGGUGAAUGGAAGUCUGGGCGGGGCCGUGGGGCAGCAGGUGUCCAGUACCCAGGAUGCAUCAGGGGGCAGUGUGGGGCCGGUGUGUCUGCCUCGCCGCGCUGAGACCUUCGGAGGCUUCGACAGCCACCAGAUGAACAUCUCCAAGAACGGAGAGAAAGAAGAGGGGGAUGACUCAUUAGACCUUCGGAGGACUGAGUCAGACGGCGUGUUAAAGAAGGGGGGCAACAACAACCUACUGCUGCUGCUCAAGAGGAACAGUGAGCAGGUCCUCCAGAGUGUCACACACCUCCAUGACCUCCUCAGCACACUGCAGGCAGUGGUGGUGCAGCAGGACACCUUCAUCGAGGACCAGCGUCAUGCUCUGGCUGAGCGGCCAGCCUCGCGCCACUCCUCCACCUCCUCCCUUUCCUCCUCCUCCUCACGGCCCAACUCCCUGAUUGAGCAGGAGAAACAGCGCAGCCUGGAGAAGCAGAGGCAGGAGGUGGCCAACCUGCAGCGCCAGCAGGUGGCCCACGCUGAUGAGAGGAGGAGGAGGGAGAGGGAGUGGGAGGUGAGGGAGUCGGGGCUGGGCGACAGGGAGGUGCAGGUGAAGGAGCAGGAGGAGGAGACAGUAAAGAGGCGUAGGCAGAUGGAGGAGGAGAGGAAGGAGCUGCUAAGGAGGAAGGAGGAGUACCAGAGGGAUCUGGAGAGGCUGAGGGACGCCCAGAGGAAGCUGGACAGAGACAAGGAGACGCUGCAGCGGGAGGCUGAGAUGGUGGAGCAGAUGAAGAAAGCCGAGGUAGAGCAGGCACACAGGACCCAGCGGACGCCCUCCACCACCUCAGAGGAGUCCAUGAAGUUUCAGAGCUCCACCUCUCUGGAUAAAGAGCCUGGAGGAGGGGAGGCAGAGCUCUCCUCCUCCCCCGCCACCAAAGAACCCUUCCUCAGGAUGGGCUCCAAGAGGAAAGGGAAGAACCUGAACCCCUUCUCCUCCUCGUCCUCUUCCUCCAACGCCAGCUCCAAGGCCCAGAGCAGCACAGAGGGCCAGAACCAAAUCCCUAACCGCCUGAUGAAGAUGGCCAAGACCAAGGACAAGGAGAAGAAGAAGAAGAAAGGGAAGGGGCAGCAAUCACAGCCAGAUCCUGAAAACACUGGGGGCACAGAGCCUCAGGGCGACGGAAAGAUCUUCUUCUGCUGAUCCCUCUGUCAUCCACUAUCCCACAAUGCCCCACACUCACUGCAUCAACUGAC